CUAACUGUGAAAGAAACGUCUGUAAAAUGUCGGAUUCUUCUCUGGAGCGUCACACCGCCCGAGACUCGUCUGACUGUCAGAAUUUGAACCGUUAUGUGCAGUUACACUAGUAAAGUCUAGAAGAGCCGCGAGAUUAAAUUAGUUUAUCCUCAUUCAAGUUAGCCGCGCGCUAAACCGGAUGUUAGCUAGCGCGGUCGGCGAAAGUCUCUAGUGCGCAUGCUCAAUGUUCAGCAGUGUUGGCACAUUCAGACUGGAGGAGCGGCCGGAGGGGGCGGAGCGGCUCGCUGCAGCAGGCUCUGCGGGGGACGGAGCCGCUCAGACGGGAUGGAGCCUGUCGGUACCGAGCAGCUCCUCUGAUCUGCGGCCGGUGAACAUGUCUGUCUCCGGGAUGAAGAAGCAGCUCCACAAAGCCAGUCAGCUGCUGAACGAGAGGCUGAUGGGAGCUGAAGGGACGAGAAUGGACGAGGACUUCUUGAAGAUGGAGAAGGGUGUUGCAGUGAUCCACGCUCUGCUGGUCGAGCUGCUGUCCAAAACGACAGAGUUCCUCCAACCAAAUCCAGCAGACAGAGCGAAACUGAGCAUGCUCAACACGAUGUCCAGGAUUCGAGGACAGGGCCGGUCGGUGGGUUACCCGCAGACGGAGGGCAUGCUGGGAGACUGCAUGUCGCACUACGGCCAGGAGCUCGGAGCUGCUUCUGAAUUUGGCGGCGCUCUGUCUGUUGUGGGUGAGACGCUGCAGCAGGUCGCUCAGGCCAGGGACACUCUGGAUGUCAACGUCAAACACUCCUUCAUCGACCCCCUGCAGGACCUCCACAACACAGAGCUGAAGGACAUCCGGUACCAGCUGAAGAAGCUGAACGGUCGUCGUCUGGACUUCGACUACAAGAGGAGACGAAGGGGGAAAGUCCCGGCAGAGGAGCUCCGACAAGCCUGGGACAAGUUCAUCACAUCCAAAGAGCUGGCAGAGAGGAGCAUGUUCAUCCUGCUGCAGAAUGACGUUGAUCAGCUGACCCGUCUGAAGGCGCUGGUCGCUGCGCUGCUCGACUUUCAUCGCAACGCCCAGCGCAUCCUGCUGGGUCUCCAUGGCAACCUGCAGGCAAGGCUGACGGCUGCCAGCAACAAACCAGAGCGCCGGUUCAGACCCAGGAAGAUCAGGAUCCGAAGUGAACACAACAGCAGCACCGGGUUUUACCACCAGCCGUCAAUCACAGCUGCAGCGUCCUCAGGAGAACCCGUCACAGUGUUGCCAUCCCGACCCGGCAGUCCGAUCUCCUGCUACGCUGAUAGUAAGCUGGUCCAGGAUCAGCCCUGUUGCCGGGCGAUGUACUCCUUCCACCCGAAUCGCGAGGGUGAGCUAGAUUUCAACGAGGGUGACAUCAUCGUCCUCACCAAUCACGUCGACGCCAACUGGUACGAGGGCACGCUCGGCAGCCAAUCAGGUCUGUUCCCCGUCAGCUACGUGGACGUGCUGGUGCCUCUGCCGUUACCAUGACAACAUGUCAAGCAUGAAGCUGGAAAUCAGGUCAGAGUGAUUUCUGCUCAGGAGUCGAUGAUAUGCAACCUUUAGCUUAUAUUUUGCACUUUUCAGGAGUGAAUCAGCAGGCGACGCGUCUGUUCUACAGGAAAGGAAGGCCAUAGUUUGUACUGUCGAGCACUUUAGGUUCUGAUCUCAUGUUACACUUUAAUACACCAGCUGCUGAAGAGAGGCUCAGUCAGUAAAUACAACAGUGUUAGACUAAUGUGUUUCCCUUUAAGACUUUUAGAUUCAUUUCCUGCACAAAACUGCGUUCUGCCUUUUACAUCACUGCACAUUUCCACCAGAGUCCUCAAGAACUCAACACACUUAAGACUGUUAAAUAGAGCCCAGUAUAGUACAUUUACCAGGAUGUACAGUUUUAUGAUAUAUAAAAAUAAACUAUAAAAUAGGUUUGAUUUAGCUCUUAGGUGAACGGUGUGGUGUUUGUUCACUUUCUGCAUGUACUGAAAGUAAAGUUAUUGUAACUUGUCGGCACUUUAUCUGAAGCUUUAAGAGACUCGGGUCAGGAGGCUUCUGACCUGAAACAUUAAAAAGGUUGAUGGUGA